GAUAACAAGACCCAACGUUUCUUCGAUCAGACGGUCACCGACCUCCCUUUCUUCCUCACUCUCGAGCCAACUGAUCGUCCCCCGGCGUCUCGUCGCCACCGCUCCUCUGCACAUUUCAAUGUGAUGGAGACGGGGUACGACUUCAUUCUCGGCACUCCGUGGUCUCGUCGGUUUUGCAGCACCGAGGCCGAUUGGGCGACCAACACUCUCGUUCUCAAAACGAAGUGUGGACAGACGUAUCGCGUACCUUUCAUAGGUACCACUGCGACACCACGCCUCGAUCCCCCUCCCGCGGAGCCUUCCGUGCCCACACCAUCUCCUUCUAUCACUGUCACCUCGCCUCGGCAGUUCGCCCACUUCAUCCGACAGGACGACGUCACCUUCUUUAUGGUGAACGUGACGGAUCUCUUACACUAUGAUCCACCCUGUCCUGACGUCGAGCUCAUCCCUCUGGAGCCAGAUCCUCCUUCUAUCUCAGUGGCUCUCAUCUCUACUUCCCACCCUCCGUCGUUCGCCGAGUCCACCCCACCGUCGCUUGCUGACGCUGACGCUGAGGAACUCGCACGAUAUACGGCUGACCUGGAGCCAGCAGUUCGUGACCUCAUUCGAGAGUACCACGACGUUUUUCCGUCGUCGUUCUCGUACACUGGCAUCCCACCGAUGCGCGACGUCGAACACUCCAUCCAGCUCGUGCCUGACUAUCGUGYUCACCACCAGGCACCCUACAGACUCUCGAUCCCCGAGGCCACCGAACUCAAGCGUCAGCUUGAGAAGCUCCUGAGACUGGGUUUCAUUAAACCCARCAACUCCCCGUGGGGUGCACCCGUCCUCUUUGCUCGCAAAGCGGAUGGAACCCUCCGUCUCUGCAUCGACUAUCGCGGUCUCAACCGCUACACGGUUAAGAACAGCUACCCCAUAUCUCGUUCCGGUGAGUUGUUCGACCGCCUAGCAGACAACCGCUACUUUACGAAGAAUGAUCUUCGUAGCGGUUACCAUCAGAUCCGCGUCGCUGCAGCGGACCAGCCGAAGACAGCGUUCCGAUCGCGCUUCAGCUACUAUGAGUUUACGGUGAUGCCAUUCGGCCUCACCAACGCACCCGCUACCUUCCAGAGGGUGACGAAUGACAUCUUCAGGGACAUCCUGGAGCAAUACGUUCUCGUUUACUUUGACGAUAUCCUGGUCUACAGUCGUACCCUUGAGGAGCACCUCAGACACCUCCGCGACGUCCUUGACCGCUUGCGCAGACAUGGCUUCUACGCCAAGCUGAGCAAGUGCCGCUUUGCCCGGCACAAAGUGGAUUUCUUAGGACACUACGUGUCUGAUUAGGGUCUCGACAUGGACGACGCGAAGAUCACUGCUAUUGCGAAGUUGCCCGUUCCCACAUCCGCCAAGCAGCUUCGCAGCU